CUUCCCCCAUUUGGAGGUCAGAUACAUUCUUCAUCUUUCAUCACACCAACAGCUGCCUACCCCUCACUGGCUAAGCUACUAAACCCAACGCCCAAUCGACGCCACCUGAUAUUGCUCACUUCAGUUCCUCCCAUUUCUCCGGGUACAAGAAAACACAAUAAUGGCUUUUACUCGUUCUUUCUCCUCUUGUUUCUCUUCUCUUAUCUUCCUCUUCUGUCUGUUAGCUUCUUUCUCAUCCUCCACUUCUGACGCAUCAUCAUCCGACGCUCCACACACCUACAUCAUCCACGUGUCAAAAUCACAGAAGCCAUCCCACUUCGCCUCUCCCCACCACUGGUACCACUCUAUCCUCCGUUCCCUCCCUUCCUCCGUUGACCACACAACCCUCCUAUACACCUAUAACUACGCCCUCCAUGGCUUCUCCGUUCGGCUAACCGCCGCGCAGGCCGCCGCCCUCCAGCGCAACCCAGCCAUCCUCUCCGUCGUGCCGGACCAAAUCCGCCACCCCCACACCACCCACACCCCUCGCUUCCUUGGCCUCGCCGAAUCCUUCGGGAUAUGGCCAGAUUCCGACUACGCCGACGACGUCAUCAUCGGAGUCCUAGACACGGGGAUCUGGCCGGAGCUCCGAAGCUUCUCCGACGACGGCCUCUCCGCCGUCCCUUCCUCCUGGAAAGGCGUGUGCGAAACUGGUUCCGACUUUCCCGCUUCCUCAUGCAACAAGAAGAUCAUAGGCGCCAGAGCCUUCUACAAAGGCUACGAGGCUUUCCGCGAGAAGCCCAUCGAUGAAUCCACAGAAUCCAAGUCUGCUAGGGACACUGAAGGCCAUGGAACGCACACUGCUUCAACCGCCGCUGGUUCCGUCGUUUCUAAUGCAAGCUUGUUCCACUAUGCACAGGGCGAAGCCAGAGGUAUGGCUACAAAGGCUAGAAUUGCAGCAUACAAGAUCUGCUGGUCAAUGGGGUGUUUUGAUUCUGAUAUUCUUGCUGCCAUGGAUCAAGCUGUUGCUGAUGGAGUCCAUGUAAUUUCCCUCUCUGUUGGUGCAAACGGUUAUGCGCCACCGUACUCUCAUGAUUCCAUCGCCGUUGGUGCGUUCGGUGCAGCGCAGCACGGUGUUCUUGUUUCUUGUUCUGCCGGCAAUUCCGGUCCCGGUCCGUUCACUGCCGUGAACAUUGCUCCCUGGAUUUUGACCGUUGGCGCUUCUACGGUUGACAGGGAGUUUCCUGCUGACGUGGUUCUUGGAGAUGGGAGUGUUUUUGGAGGGGUCUCUUUGUACUACGGCCAAGAGUUGCCUGAUUUUAAGCUUCCUUUGGUUUAUGCCUCGGAUUGUGGAAACAGGCUGUGCUACAUUGGGUCUCUAGAACCUUCCAAGGUUCAAGGAAAAAUAGUUGUUUGUGACAGGGGAGUGAAUGCUAGAGUUGAGAAAGGUAGUGCGGUGAAGCUUGCUGGUGGGUUGGGAAUGAUAUUAGCCAACACUGAAGAGAAUGGUGAGGAGCUUCUCGCGGAUGCACAUCUUCUUCCGGCAACCAUGGUGGGUCAAACCGCCGGAGACAAGAUCAAGCAAUACAUAAAAACAAGCCAAUCUCCAACUGCAACAAUAGAGUUCAGAGGCACUGUCAUUGGUUCUUCACCUUCUGCUCCACAAGUUGCUUCAUUCUCUAGCCGCGGACCGAACCAUCUCACGCCGGAGAUUCUUAAGCCGGAUGUUAUAGCCCCUGGUGUUAACAUUUUGGCAGGGUGGACUGGGAAGAUAGGACCUACUGAUUUAGAAAUUGAUCCUAGACGAGUCGAAUUCAACAUUAUUUCCGGUACUUCUAUGUCUUGCCCCCAUGCUAGUGGCAUUGCUGCAUUGCUUAGGAAGGCAUAUCCAUCUUUUACUCCUGCUGCUAUAAAAUCUGCUUUGAUGACAACCGCUUAUAAUGUCGAUAACUCGGGGGGUAAAAUUAAGGAUCUUGGAACUGGUGGAGAGUCAAACCCUUUCAUUCAUGGUGCUGGACAUGUUGAUCCAAACAGGGCACUCAAUCCUGGUUUGGUUUAUGAUUUGGACAUUGAUGACUACGUUGCAUUCCUAUGCUCAAUUGGGUAUGACAAUAAGGAUAUUGCUGUUUUUGUUAGGGAGGCUACUAGUUCAGACAUUUGCGAAACUAAAGUAGCUAGGACUGGUAAGUUAACUAGUCCCGGUGAUCUGAAUUACCCGUCUUUCGCGGUUGAGUUUGGUGCGGAUCAUGGCGAGGUUAAGUACAAACGGGUUGUUACUAACGUGGGGAGUUCGGUUGAUGCUGUUUACGAUGUGAAAGUUGUUGCUCCUCCUGGUGUCGAAGUUGUAGUGUCACCAAGCAAGCUUGUGUUUAGUGCUGAAAACAAGACACAAGCAUUUGAGGUAACGUUUACUAGAGGGGUUGGGAAUACGGUUUCUUCAAGUUUUGGGUCCAUUGAGUGGAGUGAUGGAAGCCACAGUGUGAGGAGCCCGAUUGCUGUAAGAUGGAGAGAAGGACUCUCAUCAUCCAUUUGAGUGAACUCGAGUGUUACACGGAUCUAGCAGCAGAGGUUUCAGGUUAUGGUUUUAGUUUCUUUGUUGGUAAUUUAUGCUUGCUUAUUGUUGUACAAAAGUAUGGAAUAAUUGCUGGGUACUCUCUGUCUUGCAAUUUUAAUGCUAGCGAAGUAGCAGAAGAUGAACUUGUAAUGAGUUAUGAUGGGAUCAAGUCACAUGAAGUGAUGAAAUGGCAUUGAUUAGAAUAGUGAUAGAAAAAAUAGCCGUGGUUCUGCAUGACUGCAUAUUUAUUAUGAUGAAUCAGCCGAAAUGCUAAUGACAUUUUAAUUUGUCUUGCCUUUUCUA